AUGGAAAAGAAACUGGAACAGAAGAAAGACAAGGAGAAAAAGGCCAUCAAGCAGAAAAGACCGCGUCAAAUGCGUGCAGCGAAGUUGAACCCGAAGGAAUUCAAGACGAGAGGUCCAUUAGUGUUGCAAGCCGCGUUGAAAGGAGAAAUCAAGCAUGGUCUUGACCAGGACAAGUCUGUAAGCAUCAAAAAAAUCAGGUUCGAUCCCAGUCAAAACGAAAUCGUUCUCAUAGGAACUGAAAUCGAAAGGCUCGAAGGGGUGAGCAAGACACCAGUCACCAUCAUGGCUCAUAGAUUCAGGAGCUGCAGUAUCUUUCAUGAGAGGCAUUGUUGA